ACUAACUCUGAUUCUACCUCCCCUGCCUUUCUUCCCCCAGAAAACCCAACCAAUUUUCCCAGCUCUCCACUAAUUUUUUCCAGGAAAUCUCAAUUCUAACCAACGCUUCAUGAAACAUCGUCGUAAAAAUCUUCAAACUUCACAUUAACAAACACAUCAGUCUCUCUCUUCACUUCCUCAAACACUGAUUGAUUUCUGCGCCCUAAAUCUGAAAAUUUGUUGAUAAAAUAGAUUUUCUGGAAUGAUCAAAUUACACCAUUUUUAUCCUCUUUCAAUUGAUAUGGUCGCUUGGAGGGGAUUCGUUUUCACCAUUUUUAUCCUCAACUUUGUUCUCACUUGCCAUCUCUUACUUCUUCAGCCUCUCGUUUCUGCCUCAGAAGAAAAUCCUGUAAGAGCAGAUGAUCUAUUGGAAAAGGCUUCUCAAAGUAUAAAAGUGAAACACUAUAGUGAGGCACUUGAAGAUCUUAAUGCUGCUAUUGAAGCAGAUGCAACACUGUCGGAGGCUUAUUCACGUCGGGCAAAUGUUCUUCGUCAGUUGUGCAGGUAUGAAGAAUCAGAGAUCAAUUAUAAUAAGUAUCUGGAACUGAAGCCUGGUAAUGCUGCUGUUGAAAAGGAGCUUUCUCAGCUGCAUCAGGCUCGAAGUGCUCUGGAAACAGCAUCAAGUUUCUUUAGCUCAGGAGAUUUUGACAGAGCGUUGGAGUAUGUUGACAAACUUGUGCUUGUUUUCUCUCCUGCAUGCUCAAAGGCGAAGAUUCUGAAGGUAAAAUUGUUGUUGGCAUUAAAAGAUUAUUCAGGUGUCAUUGCUGAGGCUGGUUAUAUUCUCAAAGAAGAUGAGAACAACCUUGGUGCAUUGCUGGUUAGAGGCCGUGCUUAUUACUAUUUGGGAGAUCAUGAUGUGGCCAUGAGACAUUACCAAAAAGGACUUCGCCUAGAUCCAGAGCAUAGUGAACUCAAGAAAGCAUAUUUUGGAUUAAAAAAUUUGCUGAAGAAGUCAAAAAGUGCAGAAGAAAAUGUAGAGAAAGGUAAAUUGCGUCUUGCAGUUGAGGACUAUAAAGCAGCUCUUGCUCUAGACCCUGCUCAUGUUGCACAUAAUGUGCAUCUUCAUCUUGGUUUGUGCAAGGUGUUGGUACAACUGGGUAGAGGGAAAGAUGCUUUGAGUAGUUGCACGGAUGUCUUAAACAUUGAUGAAGAGUUUACAGAGGCUUUAGUACAGCGGGGUGAAGCAAAACUUUUGACAGAAGAUUGGGAGGGAGCAGUCGAAGAUCUGAAAGCUGCAGCUCAAAAGUCACCCGAGAACAGAAGCAUAAGAGAAGCACUAUUGAGAGCUGAGAAAGCAUUAAAGUUGAGCAAACGCAAAGACUGGUACAAAAUUCUUGGUGUCUCUAAAACUUCAUCCAUAGCGGAGAUAAAACGUGCCUAUAAGAAGCUUGCAUUGAAAUGGCAUCCGGAUAAGAAUACCGAUAAUAGAGAAGAAGCUGAGAACAAAUUCCGUGAAAUAGCAGCUGCAUACGAGGUUCUAGGGGACGACGAAAAACGUGCAAGAUAUGACAGAGGAGAGGAUGAAGAUGGCAUGGGGAUGGGCGGUGGAGGUGGAGGCGGUUUUCACGGUGGUGGUUAUGGAUUUGGUGGAUUUGAUCCUUUUGGUGGUGGUGGUGGUGGACAGCAGUAUACAUUUCAUUUUGAAGGAGGCUUCCCUGGUGGUGGCGAUUUUGGUGGAUUUCAUUUUUAAUGGUCCUUUCCUGCGGGUCUAUUCUGCAAUCUUGAACUCAGAAGUUAGUUCGACUGUGCAACCUGAUUAUUAUUUUUUCACUAACAUCUGAUUUGGUAUCUAUCAAAUCCUCAGCCUUCUUUAAAGCCUGCUAAAUCGAUGGUCGAGAAAAUGCUUCAUCAAAAACUUGAUCCGUGCAGUUUUCACAAGAUAAUAGGAUCCCUUGUUGCCUGUCGCAAUGUUAUGUACUGUCAUUGUAAUCUAUCUUCUUUGGGUCAGCAUCUUAUUAUAGUUAGUGAUGAAGAAAAUAAACCGGGGAGAAGCAGGCGCCUUUAGUCUUUAGAGAGGAGGUUUGAGGUUUACCAAUGUGUUUGCCAUAGAUUUUCUUCCCUUUUGGUGACAUGAAAUUGGUCACCGGCUCUAUACUUGUAUUGUUAGGUGAGAUAUGAAAUGAAAUCCAAAUUUUUGUGCUGAGGCCUUC